AAAUUGGUUUGACCGGUGGUCAAAGAGUUCAUGAGAAACCCGUAACACCUAAAUCGUUUUGAAAAGAAAGAAAAUAAGUUGACUGUUGGUCAACCGUCUAAAGAACCGAAUUUAAAGUUGAAUUGAUUUUUAUUAAAAGGAUAAACAUAUGCACGAUCUUAAUUGUUGAAUUAUUAUGUUUAUUCUUGUGCUACAAUGGAGUACCACUAGCGUCAAUGCUGAGCGGAUAGCGUUGUUUUCCUUUUUGCUGUCCGUAGGUGAUCAGACAGAUGAGCCUAGAGCCGAUCCCAGAGGGCAUUGAGGAGGAGAUGGACGAUGGCGUGCCAGGGCAUUUCAGGAGGCAUUGCCCGACAAACCCUAGCAGCGAGCCUGUUUUACCUAGAGCUCCGGAUCAGCCUGCCGCAUCACAUCCAGCACGGAGUCAGCAGUCUACGGCCGCAAAUAAUCAGCAGAGAGCACGUCCGCAGCACUUAGGCCGGGCACCAGCGCGUACCUACGCCAUGCAUGGGCGCACAGAUCCUAGUCCCGAUGUUAUCUUGGGUACGUUCGUACUAUUUGAUUCGGUUAUGCAUGCCUUGAUCGAUCCGGGUUCUACGCUCUCCUAUAUCUGUGUUGGCAUGCCUGCUAAUUCUGUGAUUGUGAGGAGUGACCUUGAGAUACCUACCGUUGUAUCGAAUCCUCUAGGACAUAGCAUGCGUCUUCAUCACAUUUAUCAUAGAUGUCCGUUGUCCGUGCAAGGAAAGCAAUUCCCUGCAGAUUUGAUAGAGCUACCACACAAGGAGUUUGACAUUAUCCUUGGUAUGGAUUGGCUCACCGAGCAUAGAGCAGUGGUCGACUGCAGUUGUCGGACCGUACGGCUGAGAGCCGAAGACGGUAGCGACGUAUCACUCUCCGGGGAAGUGUUCCCCAAGGCUCCCGAGUUCAUAUCGUCCUUGAGCGCGAGGCGCUUGAUUCGCAAGAAGUGCGAGAUGUUCCUGUGUCACGUUCAGGAUAUGCGAAAAGAAUCACCACGUCAGCAGGACAUUCGUACGGUUUGCGACUUCCCCGAUGUCUUUCCCGAAGACCUACCUGGUUUACCUCCGCCGAGAGAGGUAGAAUUCUCGAUCAAUCUCAUUCCGGGUAUGGAACCCAUAUCUGCUACACCCCGCCGGUCAUCCCUGCCGUCCGACCUCCGCCCCCUCGCCGCACCAGCCAACUGCGGCCUUACCGUCGCCAGAAGCCCGUCGCCUACAGCCAGGGUCAGCGCCGCCGACGACGGUCUCCAAUCGCCGCUGUUUCGUCUUCGCCGGAAGUCCACCGCUCAUCACCGUCGAGCGCCGCCGUCGCCCUUAGCUCAGGUCAGUCUCUUCUUCAUCUUCCUCACAAUUUCCUCUGCAAUCGGACCUCUGGAGCAGCGCCACGCCGGGUCGCCACCUUCGCCGGCGGUCGAUGCGACUCACCGGACUGAUUCACCGCCGGUUCACCGUUGUUGCAGCUAGGGAUUUCGCCGGACAGAGGCCAUCACCGGAGCUUCUCCUCUGUUCGUGAUUUCUGGGAUCUGCUGCCGCCUCGCCACUGUCGCCGGCAUCCGUCACCGUCGCCGCAUCCAGCCGCUGCCCCGGAUUGAUAUCGCCGGCAGAUUAACCUCCACGCCGGAUUGAUUGGUCGAUUUCGUAUUUUGACUCAAUUUGACCCGUUCGUUUGAUUUCGUUGAUUUGUCUUCCGUUCGAGCUAUCGAUUCGAUUUCGGUGUAAUCCAGGUCCGUACUAUGAAGUUAAUAGCAUUUAGAAUAGAUUUAAUGGGUUGGA